GCCCGCGACAGGGGAGCAAAAAGCCUUUCGCUUCGAAUGGCCACACGAUGAGGCUACCUGAAUACUGGCAACUCAAGGUACAACAAUCGCAGACACACAUCGCAUCUAUCGCCUCCCUUCCGAUGACCUUCAAGAUGACCUUUCUCCCCUCCUGUCUGUCUGUCUGUCUGUCUUUGCUUUCUCUGCUCUCUGUCUUCGCUUUCAGUGGUUGUACUUCAACGCGUUUCUUCACAAGUAAGUAAAGCACGAGAGAAACGUGGGGAUCCAUUCACUUCACAAACACUUGGCUCCGUGUGUGUCCAAUGGCCAUCGUGUCUGUCUGCAGUGCCGGGACUGGCCGCUUCAUCACUCUCUGGUACAAGAACGGAUGCGGCUUCACAAUCGCCCAAGUCGGCACCAUCCUUGCCACCGCCCGAACAGGAGAUCUCUUCUUCACGCCUUUUUGGUCGGGACUCGCGGACAAGACGCAGCAGGGGCGGCUCAUCCUGCUGUCCCUGCAACUGGCACACAUGCUCAUCUUCCUCUCCCUGCCCCUCUCCGUCUACCUCACCUCAGCCGACCACCAGUGGCUGCCUUUCAUGCAGCCCAACAACCGGUUUCUCAUCUUGUGGGUGACGGUAGCCGUCUGGUCUGCCUUUCGUGGACCGUGCAACCCUCUGCGUGACGCGUUAGCUUUGGCUGCAUUGGGGAAAGAGAAGGCUAAAUGGGGCCAGCAGCGGCUUUAUGGAGCGGUCAGCUGGGGAAUCGCACACGCGAUUCUCGGGCUGUCGAUGGACUAUGGGGGGUUUGCCGUUUUGUUCAUUCUCUUCACUCUCUCUGGUGCGUGGAGGAAAGAGGCCGUCAACCAAUUGUGUGUAUGUGUGUGUGUGUCCGUUAUCUCUCUCGUGUGUGCAGGUGUGAUGCUGUCGUUCACGCAAGUCGCGUGUCUGCCCGCGAGUACGAGCGAAUCACGGCAGGCUGUGGAUCUGCUGGCGGGGCUCAAGCAGCUGGUGGUGCAGCCGCACGUCGGCAUCUUCUUCCUCAACCUCUUGACGAUCGGCGCAUGCUUUAGUCUAGUCGAGAGCCUGCUGUUCCUGCGGAUGGACGAGCUGCACGCAUCCAAUUUCCUCUGCGGCCUUUCGGUAAGGCCUAAGCAGCAGAUGGGUGGGACCUGCCUACGUGGAGACCUAUCUCUCCCUCUCCCUCUGUGUGUGUGUGUGCGUGUGUGUGAAGGUGGUUGUGACGGUGGUGUUUGAGCUGCCGAUCAUGUAUUGGUCUGAGGUCUUCAUCCGUCGGCUCGGUGUGGCGGGCAUGGUCAUCGUCGGACAGGCCGCAUGGAUCGUCAGGGCUAUCGGGGUAAGCCAGAUAUAUGCUACACCACCACACACAAGCAAAUUUAUGGCUUGCUGCUCGUUUGUAUGCCUUUUGCGUCUUUUUCCUUCAGUACACGAUGGUACCAUCAGCCUGGUCAGUAGACACGGAACGAGCCGCUGAACCAGAAAGCUCAGCUGCGUGGUGUGCGGUUGCCUGUGUGCAGGUGGUACCUGUUGCUGGAACCUCUCCACGGCAUCACCUACGGCCUCGUCUGGUGCGCGGGCGUCCACUACUGCUCGCUGCCAGAGAUAUGGCCUGAAGGGCUGGAGGCCACCGCACAGGUAAUGCUGAUUGAUGUGACUGGCUGAGUGUGGUACGUGUGUGCGCGUUGUGUAUAUGUGCAGGGUCUGCUGACGUUGGCUCACUUCGGUUUGGGUCCUGUGUUGGGGACGAGUUUGGGUGGGCUGGUGAUGGACAAGUGGGGCGCUGACACCAUGUACAGGUAGGUAUCUCCCACACUCACACGCCCAUCCACACCCUAGCUAUCGCCAUCGAACCAUGUGCGUGUGUUGUUCCAUUUGCCAGGGGUGCGGCCAUAGUGUGUCUGAUGUCGCUGCUGCUCUACACCUUCUCAGCCCUUGUCAACGGCGACCUCUACUCGCCCUUCCACCGCUACGCCGUCAUCAAGAAGGGCGCCAGCGACUUCCACCUCACAGACACUAGAAGGAAAGGGGAGGCCGCCGUCACCCCACUGCCCCUCAAACACACGAGACAUACCGACAGGUCGCCGCUGUCGUCUGUGGGCUCAUCGACGUGUGACCACACGCCGAGCGAGGGCAAAGGGCUGUCGCCCGUCAGCUCAAUGCCGGAGGUGCUGGGCAAGCAAGAGGUGGCGGGAGAGAGGGAUUGGGAGGGAGAGCAGCUGAUUGUCGGCGGCUGUGAGGACAGUUGCUGAGGGAUCGGGAAGCGGGGGCAGAGGUGUGUGGGUGUUUUGUGUGUGAGUGUGCUGGCUAACGCUCAUGCGUGCUUAGUUGUCCGUCUCUGUGUGUUCGUCACGCGCACACACGUCCCUCCAUACACACACACAUACCGACCAGCCAGCCAGCACCUUCAAAUGCCUGCCUGGCUCCAUCCAUGGAGUGUGUGUGAGCGUGUGUGUGUGUGUUAGCUAUCAGUUUGGGGGCGGUUUUGGAUUUUUGUUGUGUGUUGGUCUCUGUCUGUGUAAGUGUAUCCUUCGCAUGUGUUCCUUUGGUGCUUCCCUAUCGUCCACGCAAGACCAGGAAGACACACAAGGGGAAGCGAUACAUCUGCAUAUACACACACACGGGGUGGGAGUGAGUACGCACCUGCCGACCGGCCAGCACUUUUCAAAUGGCUGGCCCCAUCACGAUGUAACUGCGGGCGAGCCUGUGCGCGUUUCUAC